GUCGAUGCCUCAUGGGGCGGAGUGGUCUGGCCUCACUCUCCUUUAUAUCAGUACGCUGGUCACUCUUAUCCUCCCUAGUCACUUCUCCAUAGACAAUUUUAGCUUCUCAGCAGUCUCUCUUUUAUUGUAAUUGCAUUACAUUCAGCCAAUGCUUGGAUAAUCGCUCGUUAUUACGUUCUUUUGUUGCCUUCUCGUACCCGGUUCUCAUAUGCUUGUUGCUUGAGCUCUGAGAGCUCGACAGCAUCAUGAUGUUCGCUCAUUUUGCUUUCCUUGUCUCAUUUCUGGUCUUUGGAGGCCUCAGCGUAGCUACACAGACCCCGCCAUGUUUGGUGUCUGCCAUGAGGUCUCAAACGGAUUCUGAUAACCUCCAAAAUAUUUGUGCGACGAAUGUAGGCAAAGUUUGGGCCAAGAUCGUGGAGUUUUGCGGGGAUGAGAGACAAUUGGCUCUGGAGCAGUUGAAAGAUACCUGUACAUCUGCAGGCUACACAAUUGGUAUGUUUUGAACUUAAAUGACGCUGUGCCAAAGAUGAGAGACAUUUGACUCUACUUAUGCAGCAUACCUACCAACAACCUCGUCCGGCAUCGCAUCCCAUUCCACCGCUCUUUUCAGCUCGACCAAGCCUAGCUCCGUCAUACCUAGUUCAACCGGCAUCUCCACUUCGAGCUCUGUCCCCGAUGCCAGCUCUAGUGCUUGUCCCAGCACUCAUCCUAACCAGACCAUUUCGUUGGGAUCGGCUGACCGUGGCGCGUCUGCUGCUGCGUUUGCGGCCGUUGUUUUUGUCGGAUUUGCGGCGACGUUAUAGAUCCGGUUAUUCCGCUUCGUAUAUUACUCAGAAAGUGCUCUGAACCCUUGGACACCAAUGAUGUUGAGUACAUAUUGGGCGCAGACCGCGUCAC